GCUACGCCGCUGUUGUUCCUGGAGCGUUUCCCCUGGCCCAGCCUGCGCACGUACGCGGGGCUCAGCGCCCUGGCGCUGCUCGGCUGCGUCCUCAGCGCCUACCGCGCCCUCAGCCAGGCCCCUGCCGCCUGGCCAGGGCCCGAGCCCCAGCCCCAACCUGAGCCACAGCCCAGCCCGAGCCGUGCCGGGCCGCUGCCGCUGGACGUCGCCUACUACCUGCUAUCAGACAGCCUCUGCGUCUGGGUACUUGUGAAUACUGCCUGUUGUUUUCUGAUGUUAGUUGCUAAAUUAAUCCAGUGCAUGGUGUUUGGUCCUCUUCGAGUCAGUGAGAGGCAGCAUCUCAAGGACAAAUUCUGGAAUUUCAUCUUCUACAAGUUUAUAUUUAUUUUUGGCGUGCUCAAUGUUCAGACGGUGGAAGAAGUUGUCAUGUGGUGCCUUUGGUUCUCUGGGCUGGUGUUUCUCCAUCUCAUGGUACAGCUCUGCAAGGAUCGGUUUGAAUAUCUUUCUUUCUCCCCCACCACACCAUUGAGCAGCCACAUCAGAGUCCUUACUCUGCUGAUUGCCAUGUUACUCUCCUGUUGUGGAUUAGCAGUUGUUUGCGGUGUUAUUGGCAAUACCCAUGGAAUGCACACUCUAGCCUUCAUGGCAGCAGAGUCUCUGCUUGUGACAGUGAGAACAAGUCAUGUGAUUUUACGUUAUGUAAUUCAUCUCUGGGAUCUCAACCAUGAAGGAACAUGGGAAGGCAAAGGAACUUAUGUGUAUUAUACAGAUUUUGUCAUGGAAUUAACCUUACUUUCACUGGACUUAAUGCAUCAUAUUCACAUGUUGCUAUUUGGCAACAUCUGGUUGUCGAUGGCCAGCCUGGUGAUCUUUAUGCAGCUGCGUUACCUGUUCCAUGAGGUUCAGCGUAGAAUCCGCCGUCAUAAGAACUACCUGCGUGUGGUUGGAAACAUGGAAGCCAGGUUUGCAGUUGCAACUCCUGAAGAACUCGCUGUUAAUAAUGAUGAUUGUGCCAUUUGCUGGGACUCCAUGCAGUCUGCACGUAAACUUCCAUGUGGGCACCUCUUUCACAACUCAUGCCUACGAUCCUGGCUUGAACAGGAUACAUCCUGCCCCACCUGCAGAAUGUCUCUUAAUAUCACAGACAGUCAUCGGGUUAGAGAGGACCAUCAAAGAGAGAACCUGGAUGAGAACUUGGGGCCUGUGGCAGUAGCAGAAGGCAGACCCCACUUGAACCAACAUAAUCACUUCUUCCAUUUUGAUGGUUCUCGUAUUGCUAGCUGGCUACCCAGUUUUUCAGUGGAAGUGAUGCAUACUACCAAUAUCCUUGGUAUUACACAGGCAAGCAACUCCCAGCUCAAUGCUAUGGCACAUCAGAUUCAAGAGAUGUUUCCUCAGGUUCCAUACCAUCUAGUUCUUCAGGAUCUGCAGCUGACCCGCUCUGUAGAAAUAACAACUGACAACAUCUUAGAAGGGCGUAUCCAGGUGCCCUUUCCUACACAGCGUGCAGAUAGCAUUAGACCUGCAUUAAACAGUCCUGUGGAAAGGCAUAAUUCUGAUCAGGAGGAUACUGAAACAGCUACCCAGGUAUCCACAAUCCAAAACUGGCUCUUGUUGACAGCCUUCAGAGGCCAAAACCAGCAAAUGAGGCUUUGGAAUUCAAUUUUUCUUCUCAACCUCAAUAAGCUUUUCCCUUAAGUCAGGAUUGAAUUC